UCCUCCAAUCUUUCCAAACAAUAUCCCAUAACAAAACCUUUAUCCUAUAUAGUCCUUUCAAGAUUUCCUUGCCUUAUUUUCUUUAUCUGAAACCUCAACCCUCUCAAAACUAACUUAACAAUAUCCCAUGGCUGCUGCUCCUCAACCACCAAGUCUAUCUGAAACAAUAAUCACCAACUCGUUAUCGGAAAACAACGUUACGAUCAACGAAAAGAUCUACACAAGACUCCGUCUGGCUACGAAAGCUGAUCUGUACCAUAUAUACCAACUGUUUUACCAAAUCCAUGCAUACCAUAACAACACUCACUUAUACAAAGCCACCGAGUCCUCCUUAGCCAACUUGCUCUUUAAAGAAAACCCUCUUCCGCUUUACUACGGACCAUCCGUACUUCUACUCGAGGUCUCUCCAACCCCUUUUAGCGAAUCCAAGAAUACCACGGACAAAGGGUUCAAGCCCGUCCUUACAACAUUCGACCUUAAAUUCCCCGUUGUUGAAGGACAGGCGGAGGAAUUCAGGUCCAAAUAUGAUGACGAGAAUGAUAAAAACGAUGUUUUUAUAGCGGGAUAUGCUUUCUUUUACGCGAAUUAUUCGUGCUUCUAUGACAAACCUGGAUUCUAUUUCGAGAGUCUUUACUUCAGGGAAAGUUACAGAAAGUUGGGAAUGGGGAGAUUGUUGUUUGGAACUGUUGCGUCCAUUGCUGCCAACAAUGAAUUCGUUUCGGUGGAAGGAAUAGUUGCAGUUUGGAAUAAGAAGUCUUAUGACUUUUACAUAGAUAUGGGGGUUGACAUAUUUGAUGAGUUUAGGUAUGGGAAGUUGCACGGUGAAAAUCUUCAAAAGUAUGCUGAUAAAGGAGAAAAAUGAUGAACGAAGUUGUUGGUGUUCUUUUUCUUUAUUACCUUGAUAUGAUUUCCUAUCAAAUUCUUCUUUUUAAUUUCUGUAAAGGCAGAAAUCUCAGUGUGUAUUAUAUUUGUAUUUGAAUAUUUUGAGUUUGUUGUA